GUAGCGUUAAAGAGCCCUUGUCUUACAGGUUUUCCUACACAACCCCACACAUAAACACACGCAUGCUUUGACACACACAGCCACAGGGCGUGGAAAGCCUGGCCCUUUUUAUAGAGCUCUUCUUCCAGUCAGCCUGCCAUUCUGUCUGCUUCCAGGAAUGGGCCUAUGUCUUUGCUACUAAGGGUGUGUGUGUGUUCGCUUCAUUUGGUGUAGCCGUGCCCAUCGUCUCAGCUGCAGGCAACCGUCUCUCUAUCAAACACACUUAACACACUCAGGAUGGCAGGGGAGUGUGUACCUGAGGGUCCAGAUCUGGGAGACAUGAGCGAGGAGGAACUGUGGGAACUGAUCAACGACAACCGCCAUCGGAUCUCCUUGGGGGUGCGGCCAUGCAUCUUGAUCCCGUACCUGAGGCAGGCCAGGGUGCUUGCUGAGAUGGACGAGGAUGAGAUCCUCUCCAGCCACAACCUCACCAACCGCAGCAUGAGAACCAGUUAUAUGCUAGACUUGCUGAAGACCCAGGGGAGGAAUGGGGCUGUGGCUUUGCUGGAGAGCCUGAUGAUCCACUACCCCAUCCUGUACACCCAAGUCACUGGACGCAAACCCAGCACUGAGCCUUCAAGAUUUAGUGGCCUGAUAAAAUACUCCGAGCUGACAGAGUAUCUGGUCAGAGCCGUGACGGGAAUGCAGAAGGAGCUCCAGGAGGCACGCUGCGAGGCUAGUAAAAUGAGGUCUCACUGUGCCUCCCUGGAGUUGGAAGUUAGGCAGAUAAUGGGCCUGGAGGAGAAGUCCAGAGACCUACAGACUGAAAACGAACGCAUGCGGAGACACUUGUGUUCUUUGCAGCGUGACGUCACCAAGCUGAAGGAGGAAAAGUGUGAUUUGUAUAUGCGCUACACAGCAGCCAUCGAGGAGAAAUCAGCUGUAAACAUGCGCCUCCAUGACCUCAACCUGCAGAUAUAUCAGCUGCAGACUGAGCUGCAGAAGGCCCAAAUGGAGAAUGAGUUUCAGAAGAAAUGCUCACUCAGGAGUACCUCCCCCGCUGACACUCCGCAACUCCAAGAAGAAGUCAGGCGUCUGCGCUGCCAGCUGGUGAAGGUGGAAAAACUGGACCCAGCCCGUGAGGACAUCCUGGCCCAGGACCUGGCGGAGGCCAUAGACAGCCAGGUGGAGCUCGCAGAGCAGCUCAGGUGUUACAGAGAGGAGAAUGAACAGCUGCUCACAGACAAGCAAGGGCUCUUGGAUCAGAAGGAGUGCCUGAGCCUCCAGGUGCAGCAGCUGACCCUGGACUGUAAAAUGCACCAGCAGAAGAGCACAGUGAUUCAGAGCCAGAUGAAAGAACUGCAGGCAGAGAGAGACCAAGCGUACCUGUCCAGAGACGAGGCCCAGGCCAUGAUCGCCCGCAUCCUGGCUGAGAAGGACACCCUCAGGUGUCAGCUGGUGGAGCUCCAAGAGCAGGUCUUCAGCCUGCAGGCUAAAGGCAGCCCCAGAAGAGAACGGACAAAUUUUGAUAAGACAGAGAUGGACUGGGAGAGCCUGAGAUCCAGCUGUGAAGAAUCCAUAUCAUGUCCCAGGCGUAGACUCUGCCGCAUGGACGCAAUCAAUCCCAUGUCCCUGACUUCAGAGUGGGAAGAUUCUACGGCAAGUGUCCGAUCCCGAAAUCCCGAGCCCCCCAGUCCGGAGUCUUUCCGCAGAAGAGAGGAAGCUCUAUACACAGACAGCAGCUUGGACACAUUGGAUACGGACUCUCUAUGUGAAGACUUUGUGUUUAUCCCCGAUGUGGGGAGUGAAGACAAGCAGACACCCAGGCUUUUCUCGUGUAAAGGCUCCAGCAUUGAUGGCAGCGUGUCAAGAUCCUCUUACCCUCCCUUCCUGAUGCGUUCGCGUCCGAAAGCGAUACGCGUCAACGGCCGCGUUCUCAGCAUCUCCCUGCAGGGCGAGGCGCUGCUCAGUCAGCUGGCCGUGGUGGGAGGCAAUAAGACCGGAGUGUUUGUGCACCAGGUGACAGAAGGGUCCGCUGCCCAUACUGUGGGCAUCAGCCGCGGGGCACAGAUAGUGGAGGUCAAGUACGAGCAGAACCAGAAGGCUCUGAGGAUGGUGCUGGAGGAUUCCACUUUAGAGGAAGCUAUGUGGGCUCUUGGCCAAGUCACAGGCCUCUGUCACCUCUCCCUCCGGCCAAGGCAAGAUGACUAUGAGGCGCUGCUGCAGCAGCUGCAGAGCAGUGAGACAAUAUCCGGAGACUCCUUCUACGUACGUGUCAAUAUGUCUCUCUCUGCCGGCCCCAACGGAACCCUGGCCGUGUCCUGCAACGACAUCCUUCAUGUAACCAACACUCGGCCCGCUGGCACUGAGGACUCAUGGUGCGCCAGCCAAGUUCACCCCUGCCAGCUACUGGACCUCCAGAGUGGAACUGUACCCAACUAUUAUAGGGCACAGCGGCUUCUGAUUCGAGCAAUUGAAGACAUGAGCUUUCAAACAAAUAAGUCUCGAAAGGCUGGGCGUGUGGUGGACCAGAAUAAGCAGAAGGUAGUGAGAAUUGUUGGCACCGGACGUCAGGGAAGGAACCCACUGUGGGUCAGUGUGGAUGAGGAAAAUACCAAGAGCACAGAACCAUCAGGGGAUACAUCUGCACCCAAAAGUUGUCUUACCCUCAUGCCCUACAGCCUGGUCACCCCCCUCUUCCCACCCAUCUGCAGGCCUGUCCUGCUGCUGCCCACCAUCCUGGGACACAGCCUGAACAAGAAGCUGGCAGACUGGCAGGGCUUCGAGCUCUGUGAGCCUGAGGUGCUGAGCGCUAGCGAGCAUGCAGCCCGGCUGCAGAGGUCCGAGAUCCUGGAAGAGUUCGAGCAGGGAACCCACUGCUGCUACACCCUGCAGAGUGUCGAGAAAGUGAUGAAGAAGGGGAUUCACUGUGUGCUGCCGUUGGGGCUGGACUGCGUGCGGCGGCUGCACCGGGCCCAGAUCUACCCUAUUAUCAUCUUCAUUGGCCUGUCGGCGCGCACUGCACGGAAACUCAAGUCAAAGCUGCAGCGCCACAGCCAGUCGGAGGAGCGGCUGUUGGCUUGUUCAAAAAGCGAGGAGCCGCUGCUGGACAAGCUGCCCUGCCUGUAUCACAGCGUGGCUCCGGACUCCUGGAGCGACCAGGCCUCCCUGCUCACCCUCCUGCGCUCCAUCAUCUGGGAGGAGCAGAAGAAGAUCGUCUGGGUGGAGCAUGACCAGUGGUGAAGCAGAGGAAAAAGAAUCUUAGCAAACAGGAAGUAUGAAAAUAAUAGGGCUUUGUGUUAAUAUGAUGUUGAGAAUAGAUUUAGCUUUACAAGAACUAUUUUUGUAAACAUGAGUAUGUAUCUAUGAUACUUAUGAGUAACUGGGUGAAAGAAGGACUCUCAUGGAGUGCUGUCUACUGUACUUUUCUAAGCGUAUAAAGCUGCAUCAUUGUUCACUGUACCCAGAAACAGUUUCUGCUCUGUUGCCUCCCUUUUUGAGGCAUUUGUUUAAAGCCACACUGGUGUGAGGUGUCCACUAAAAAAACACACACAUACAGUAUGUCAUUAAGACACACUGUAAUAACUUAUAUGCACUUUAUCUCUACAAUAUGUUGUAGAUCAUUUCCCACUAUGGGGGAUUUUCUUUUAAUGUUCAUCUCUUGUGCUUGAUAAGAAUGCUAGUCUUUAUUUUAAUUAAUAUGAGACAGCAUUAUUAGGAGAAAAAAAGAUGUAACACACUGUAAAUAUCAGCCAACUUGCCUAUUGUUGCACAAUAGAUUGCACACGAUUUUAGAGGGAAACUGAGCUGCAGGGCUUGUGAUUAUAGUCGGUUGAAAUCUGUAGCCUGUGUGUCGUGUUCAUGACAGGGAUCUUACAGUUGUUGUCCCUUAAAUGAGCUCCGCUCUUUGUCCUCGUCUUUCUGUGUUUCUGGUUUGUUUUGUUUGAUUGUUAAUGAUUAAUGAUUGUUCCAAAUGUGUCUCACAUUACACAAUAA